AAGGAUUAUUUGAUGAUAUCUGCCUGAAGGUUUUGUGUGCCUUUGAUUCAAGUUAAGAAGACAUCUGCAGAAUCAAAUUGGUAAAUGCAUGUAUUCAGAUUCUUAUUUUUCUUACCCAUGUAACAUGUUGCGGUGAAAAACUGCUGAAAAUUGAUCAUUCUAAUCUGAUCUGUAAUAAAGUGAGUGAAGACAUAAGGCAAAAGAACUCUGAAAGACAAAAGUGAGAGGGAAAGAAGGACAUAGUUCAUGAUGUCAAACUACACUAAGCUGAUCUGGACAUUUCUGAUGGUCGCUGCGUGCGUCCUCCCUGCCCUGACUCAGGACGACCUUGGAGGCCAGCCCGCAGUAAGUUCGGGAAGCGAUGCGGGUUCGGCGGUCGAGGGUGCUUCCGACGGCCAUUUGGGAGAGUCUCUAAGUAAUUUAGGCCAAAAGAACAAUUCCGAGUCUCUAGCGAACUACGAGCCGCUUGAAGGUGCGCCUGAUGCGAACCAGGAAGGGAACAGUGAAGUGAACACCGGAGGCAGUGGCGCGAGUCUCGACGGAGGCGCUGAAUCAAGUCACGAAGGAAGCGUCGAAGGCUCGAACUCGGGGGAAGAAGGAAGCCACGAAUUCUCGGGACCCGACAGCUCGGCUUCGAACCUCGAUGGCAGCCCCGGCGAGCACGCGGAGGGCGGCGACGGGUCCGAUCUCGAUGACGUGCAGAUGGUGGUGAGCAACGUGCCCAAUUUCGACGCCGAGGGACGCUACAACGAUACCACGGACUUCGCGGUGGGAGUCAACGGCUGGAACUUCCACGGGUGGUGGGCCAAGUUCAACAUCUCCGAGAAGAACGUCAUGGACAUCCCGGUGAACGAGGAAUCCAAGAACCACAUGACGUUCAUCUGCAAAGUGAAGGAAUAUGAGAGUUUCCUCGAAAAGAACUUCCCCGCUCUCGAGGACGCCAGGAUCUUUAUCAGUUAUUAUCUGUCAUCCGCGGCAGAAGACCUCGUCAUGAAGUUGACGAUGGAGCAGGCCGGCCGCCCCCCCCUCGAAAUCUUCACGUACACUUUCCCCGAUGACCUGCUGGAGCACCAUGAGGUCUGGGUCACCCAAGAAGUUCGCAUUCCAGACUAUUCCAGAAUUCAGCCGUUUAAGAUCAAGCUGAGUCUGUCCAGUUUAAACUCGAGUAUCUGGGCAGCGGACGAGCUUCAGUUGCUGGGUUCAGCGCCGACGUCUCAGCCCAUGAUGAACUUCACGUACCCGCCCCUCACCUCAGAGCAACCUGGAGUUAUCGCCACGUCACCAAUUGUACUGACCAAUCACACCCUUCCCGCGGUGAAUGCGACGUCACCGCCAGGUAGCAAUGCAAGCCUGAGCUCAAACUCGUCAGGCGACGGCACCAACCAGACCUCCUCAGGAUCGGGCGGAGAAGAGAAGACCGAAGACAGCAACGUCACGGGCAACAUCACCCCGGCUCCCAGCAGCGGAAAUCCCGACUUCUCGCAAAACAAGCCGAGACCGACCGACUCUCCCCGAAAUGACUCGAUCAUUGCCAAGCCCACAAGCAAGCCAAGUCAAGCAAAUACAAGCUCGGUAGUCCCCCCAAAAGCAAGUUCAGUCGUUCCUCCGGUUCAUUCGAAUGCAAGUUCGGUUGCUCCGCCUAUCCAAUCCAAUGCAAGUUCGGUCGUUCCGCCUAUAGAAUCUAACGCAAGUUCGGUUGAUCCUGGAAAACAGCCUUUCGCAAGCACGCUCGGUCCCAAUCAACCAACUCCUGAGGGAAUGAUUCCGCAAGGCAAUUUCACCGGUAUUGCCUCCUUCCUGAACGAUCUAGGUCGGCUUGAGAGUGUGGCUCAGGCUAUCUGGGACGCCUUCUACGUGUUCCUGGCACUGUUCUGCGCAUGCCUGGUGGCCCUCGUGGCACUUAUCGUCCGCGGGAGGUGCAGGGAAGACGAUCCUCCUCCAGCUGUCGCCACUUACAACCCCAGGACCGCAUCCUACCGCCUCGACAAGGUCUAUGAUAACCCUUCCUACGAUAACAAUGCGGUCUGAAGCUCGCGCGAUGACUGAGGGCGGGGUACGGCACUUUAGGCAAGGCGGUAUGUUAUCGUCCGUCGCGUUGGGGGGAAUGACGUAUACGAUAACCUUUAGUGCUUCCUUCUGUUUAUAAAGUAUAUUUUUUAAAGCUUCGUUAAUGUAUACAUGUUGGGAAGUUUAUCUAUUAGUAAUUUGAGUCAAAAGUAUAAAAAUAAAAUUUGUUUAGAAGCCAACAGUGAAGCCAAUUCUGUUUAGAAGCCAACAGUGUAAACCUAAACAGAAGAUGAAGAUAUAAAUUUGCUCAUAUUCAGUCAAUAAAGAAAAAAUUGGAUUUGCAUAAUUAUUCUGUCGCAAAUACUUCUGCAAAUACAAUAAAGAUACUAAAACAGGCUAGAAAAAAAGUUCCGGAAAGACCUUUGAUGAUAAUUUAAAAAAAAAAGACAUAUUCUGAAAAAAAACUGUGAUUAUGAACUAUAAUCACUGAAACUAAUGAUAUAUAACAAUCAUGAAUCAUUAUUGUAUGUAGUGUGAAUGUUAUGUUGUACUACUGUAUAUUGAAUUAAUAGUAUCAUAUUUAUUAUGUCUGUCAUAUAACCUUCUGUUUAAGAGACUUUCAACAAUAUGUGAUGAUGAUGAUUAUAUAUAAGUGUGAUGAUUAUAUAUAAUUGUGAACAUGAUAAAUCUUUUUUAUUAAAGUCCAGAACUGACCAUUUUAAUUGAACGUUUUGUUGAAUCUGAAUAAGAAUUAGCAUUGUAUCUUCAUACACAAUGAUGAAACAGAAGGCGUUUGUUGACUGAAAAAAAACAGCUAAAUGUAAGCGUAGCCGGUUUCUCUACAUACACACAGCCUUUAAAACACAGACUCUCUCCCUCUCUCUCUUUCUCUCUCUCUCUCUCUCUCUCUCUCUCUCUCUCUCUCUCUCUCUCUCUCUUUCUCUCUCUCUCUCU